AACCAUCUCCUCCUGCCUCACAAGGAAGAAGAAGAGAAACAACAACAACAACAACCCCUUAAUUUCCCUUCUCUUCUUCUUUGCUCACUUCUCUCAUCUCCCUCAAUAAAUCCCACUUGCGUUUUUGUUUUCUGCCUCCACUGAUUCCUGAUCUUGGUGUUUCUUGAGUCGAUCCAGAAACAAAAGAGUCACCCAUGGCGACUGUUAAUGGGUACCAAGGAAAUACACCUGUGGCCUCUGCAGAGGCUGGCGCCGGAUCUAAAAAACCUGUUCCCGCGGCCAAGAGUGUCGAUUCGCAGUCUGUUCUUAAAAGGUUGCAGUCUGAAUUGAUGGCCUUGAUGAUGAGUGGAGAUUCUGGGAUAUCUGCAUUCCCUGAAGAGGACAAUAUAUUCUGCUGGAAAGGGACCAUUACAGGUAGCAAAGACACUGUAUUUGAAGGGACAGAGUAUAGGCUUUCCCUUUCAUUUUCCAACGAUUACCCAUUUAAGCCUCCAAAGGUCAAGUUUGAGACUGGCUGCUUCCAUCCCAAUGUUGAUGUCUAUGGCAACAUCUGCUUGGACAUUCUUCAGGAUAAAUGGUCCUCUGCUUAUGAUGUGAGAACCAUACUACUUUCAAUUCAGAGUUUACUCGGAGAACCAAACAUUAGUUCACCACUAAACACUCAAGCAGCCCAACUUUGGAGCAAUCAAGAAGAAUAUAGGAAGAUGGUUGAGAAGUUGUACAAGCCUCCUAAUGCAUAAUUUGAGAUGCAGAGUUUUAAGGAGUUGAGAGACCAUUUCUUCCUUCUACAACUUACAAGAGCAAGAUAUAUCAAUUUUGUUCAGCGUGCUUCUUCAUAUUUUCCCCACCUUCAAUCGUUUUUUUUUUUUUUGGCUUCAUUUCUAUUUGUAUGUUACCCCAUAAUAUCAAGGA